GAGGCAUAUUCGCAGCUGCCAACAAAGUUUGAAAAAGGAGCCCCUGAUAACGGUAGACGAAGAGAUCUACUAUAAGUAAUGGUCAAGUUCCUCAAGCCCGGCAAAGUGGUCAUCGUGACCUCCGGUCGCUACGCUGGCCGCAAAGCUGUGAUCGUGCAGAACACGGACACUAAGAACAAGGAGCGCCCGUACGGCCAUGCACUUCUGGCUGGUAUCAAGAAGUACCCGAAGAAGGUGAUCCGUGGGAUGAGCAAGCGUACCAUCCUGCGCCGCUCGCAGGUGGGCGUGUUUCUGCGUGUUGUGAAUCACAAGCACUUCCUCCCGACGCGGUACAACAUCGACCUUUCACGUGAGCUGCGCGGCAAGAUCAACGUGUCCGACGCGUCGAAGAAGUCGCAAUCGAAGAAGCUCGUGAGGAAGUUGUUCCAGGCGCGCUACAAUGCGGGUUGCAACCGCUGGUUCUUCCAGCGUCUCCGUUUCUAAAACGAAAUUAUGAAGUGUUUCGCUAAUGCUUCCCUUGUUCAUUUUUUUCAUUUCCUCUAAAGAAUGCUUUUAAAUGAAAAACACUAAAAGUGAAUUCUAAUGUUCUAUCAAAGAUAGUUAUGCAAAAA